AUGUGGGCUCAUGAGAGCCGUCCACGUAGAGACAUAGAUAUGCUGUUAGAUGGUGCGGAUAAAAGUGAUUUUCGUCAGUGCGCUGUUCACAUGGGGCAGAGGGGUACUUUCGUCAAGAACGUUGAUGUUUAUCCGUUUCGUGCACGUGAAAACAAUGUGCCGACAUCAGCUAGUCCUCCUGAAUUGGUGGAGACAUGGUAA